CUGCCUGUCUCGAAGUUCGCUUCUUUCCUGCAGCUUUCUUCAGGCUUUCUCUGGAGUCCUAGGUCCACCGGGUAUUGUGCGACAGCCGGCGACGAAGGCGAAAGAAGCGCGGAGACUCAGGCCGGUAGAAGAGGAGACAUGCGUUUUCUUCCGGCAGCGGGAAAGUGAAGAAGCUUUUCUUUCUCUUGCUUUGACAGACGAGGAGCCGCUUUCCUGCGCUUCGAAGUUGCUGCUCGGCCGCGCAUUAUUCAGAUGCCGACUUCCUGUUGGAAUAAACCGGUCGUACUUUGAAAGGCGAUUCUUCGCUGCUGCGCGGAAUCGGGCAACUCUCUCUCGUCUCCUCGCAUUCUUGACCGCUCUUUUCUCAGAAAGUAUCAAACGGACGCUAUACUCACCCUGUCGGUGUCGUUUCUUCGUCAACGGCGGCGGCUUCGUUUCUCCUUCUCCCCAGUUUCUUCUCUUUCCGGCUCAUCUCUUUCGACGCAACCGCGUCUGCUUCUCUCUCCGCCUCUCUCGUUGCUGACGCCUUCCACCCGCAAAGAAACAGGCGCAGUCUUCUCCUUUGCCUCCUCCUAUGCGAGCAGGCGCGUCUUGCCCUUGCAGCUCCUCCGUUUCUCAUCCGACCUCGAUCUUUCUCCCUCUUCCUCUUCUCCAGAUCCUUGCUUCCUCUCCUCUGUCUCCUUCCCCCCUCUAUCCCUUUUCCUUUCUGCCUUCUUCUUGCUUUUCUUCUGCCGCUUUCGCUCCGAGAUGCCGCUUCACAGGGUGGAGGACCGCGGCGACAGCUGUGCUUGUUCCUCGCUUGGAGAUUCUUCUCUGCCGAGUCGAGGAACGCGAAAAGAGGCUGGCGAAGGAAGUCUCUCGUCGUCUGUGGAGACAAGCGUAGCGAGCCUCUCGCGUCCAUCCUCGGCUGCGCUGCAUGUGCGUGAGCGCGCUGAGGAGGCAGAGAGUCUUUUCUCUCCUGCGUUCUCAGCUGCAGGCUCGACCCUCUCCGUCGGAGAAGAAGAGAGACGAACUGCUCGGUUCGUCGCGCAGAACGAAACGGUGUUGAAUGGAGAGCAACAAAGUGACAUCCCUCCCCCCGUCCCCGAUGAAGACGACGAAGAACAAGUUGGAUGGAGCUACAUGUUUAAGCAGCUCCUCAGCUUGAACCACAAAGACGCAGGCACUGUGACGUACAUGGAAAAGUUGCCGUCUGUCCCUGCGAAGGCUGGAAGCGCAGCCGCCGCUGCCCCCGCGCGUCUCGCCUCGCCGAGUCUCUCUGCGCCUUCACCCUUCUCACCUGCCGCCGCAGCCGUCGGUUAUGUCAGAAUGGUCCCGAGCAAAGACCUCGCAGUCGCGAGCAGUGUCUGCGAUGAAAGCGUUGAGGCCGUUCGGUUUUUAGCGCAUCUUUUGCAGCUUCGCCAGUUCUGGGCGAGAGCAUACGAGGAGCCACCGUCGCCGGGAGUCCGACCUUUGUCGGAAGAAGAGAAAAAUAAAUUCCGAACGAAAGAGCCUAUGUAUGACCCGUUUAACAUCCCCCUCAAACCUCCCUGCAAUGCCGUCUAUAAAAUGCACCAUGGUGUCUACCAGGUGUUCUGGGAUCCGGCGAACGACGUAGCCACGAAGGACGCGCCUCUCCUCUGGAAAGCGAAUCCACUCCCCGACGUCCACCAGUUUCUGCGAGGCUUGAAAGACGUCAUGACGGCAGUCCAGAAUCCCGCCUGCAAGAGUUUCUGUUACAAGCGACUCAAGUACCUGGAGGAGAAAUUUAACUUGCAUCUGAUGUUCAACUCGCCUGCGGAGGUGACGGAGACAAAGUGCAACUUCCACCGGGACUUCUACAACGUCCGAAAGGUUGACACACACAUCCACCACUCUGCCUGCAUGCAGCAGAAACAUCUCCUGCGAUUCAUCCGAAAAAAGUACAGGACAGAACCGGAGACGGUGGUGGCGAAGACUCGCGACGGCAACGAGCAGACGCUGAUGGAGCUGUUUCACACAGAAGUCGGAAUUGGCGCUCACGACGCGAGUAUCGAUCACUUGAAUGUGCAUGCACUUGGAAGCUGCUUUCAGCGGUUUGACCUCUUCAACCAGAAAUACAACCCAUUUGGCCAGAAAACGUUGCGCGACGUCUUCUUGAAAACCGACAACUACAUCGAAGGGCGCUUUCUUGCGGAGAUAACGCGCGAAGUUAUUUCCGAUCUGGAAGAAAGGAAGUACCAACACGUUGAGUGGCGCCUGUCGAUUUACGGACGCUCGCGAGACGAGUGGACGAAACUCGCAAAGUGGGUUGUCAAGAAUAAACUCUCGUCGAAGCGAGUCCGGUGGAUGGUUCAAGUUCCACGGCUGUACCACGUGUAUCGACGCCUCGGCAUGAUCCGCAGUUUUGGAGAACUCCUUGAAAACAUUUUCGAACCUCUCUACGACGCAGUGCGGAACCCAGAAGAACAUCCUGAAGUCUUCACUUUCCUUCACAUGCUCGUAGGCUGGGACAGCGUGGACGACGAGUCCUACGCCUCCAAGUACACGAUGGAGGGCGGCGAGCUCCCCAAGCCGGCAGAGUGGACAGGCGAAAACAAUCCGCCGUACAGCUACUGGGGGUACUACAUGUACGCGAACAUUCGCGCGCUCAACGAGUUCAUGGUGGCGCGGGGCCUGCGCGCCCUCGCGUUCAGGCCUCACUGUGGAGAGGCGGGCAGCGUGAGUCAUCUAGCGACGAUGUUUCUGCUGGCGGAUGCGAUAAACCACGGCAUCAUGUUGAAGAAAUGCCCUGUUCUUCAGUACCUGUUCUAUCUCGCGCAAAUCGGACUUGCCGUCUCGCCUCUCAGCAACAAUGCGCUCUUUAUGGACAUCGCGAAGAAUCCUCUCUGCAGCUUCUUCAAGAUUGGACUCAACGUAUCGAUUUCAACAGACGACCCGCUCAUGUUCCACUUCACAGACGAACCUCUGCUGGAGGAGUACUCGGUGGCAGCUCACACAUGGAAGCUGUCUCCGGUCGACCUUUGCGAGUUGGCGCGAAACUCUGUGCUGCAGAGUGGAUUCGAAGCCGAGUUCAAGCGACACUGGCUCGGCCCGAAAUACAAGCUUGGAGGACGCCGAGGGAACUGCAUGCGUCAGACGAACGUCAGCAACAUUCGCCUUCAGUACAGGGAAGACGCCCUGCGCGAAGAGCUGAGUUACAUGCACGAUGUACUGGCGCUUCGCAUCGCUCUCUCCCGCCCGUUCUCGCCAGCAGUCCAUCCUGCGACUUGUCCGCCGUCUGUCUCGCCGCGGUCCGCUCUGCUGCCGGAAAAAAGUGAACCGACGUUCGCAGCUUUCGAAGACGCGUUCGAACCGGGCAACGAAGCCGACGAGCCUGCCCAAGUCCUGAGAGUCGCCGCGCCUGAGAACUUCAGAGCCGCAGAGAGAGAAACCAAGGCAGAAACCAAGGGAGAAACCAAGGGAGGAAAGGCGACAGCGAAGGACGGAAGACACGAGAGAGAGGCGAGCACGGGAAGGUGUGGGGAGACAGGGGCCGGGGGAGGGGACAACGGGGCGACGGAGAAGACGACGCGAGCUUCCUUGGUGUUUGACAGAGAGCAGGAGGAACUGCAUGCGUCGCACAGCAUCACGGUUUCGCCGCCAGACAGCGCAGAGGGAACAGAGAAAGACGGCGAGAAGAAGGCGCGGUUGGGGCUCCGGAGUCCGAAGACAGGGUCAGAUUCCGAGUCCCCCGGCACCCAGACUUCGCCUCGCAUGCGGCCGCUGCUCUUGCGCGACGCCGCGAUGAAGAAGCUGUUGGAGGUCGCCGAGGAAAGUGCAGUGAUGGAUUUGGGGGAAAUUCCAGGUGGGGUGUCUUCGCCAAUGCCUCGCUCGGAGUCGUUCGAAGUUCUGGACGGACCGUCUCGAGAGGCUCUUCAGACGCUGGAUGCAUACACACACUUGGAAGCGCGAGAAGAAAAUGUGGACAUGGGCGUUUUGAAGGUGGCGUUGACGAGUCAGCGAAGUCCUGCCUUGCUCUCAGGAUCGGGCACAGGACGAACUCUGCGCCGAGCCAGCAUGGACGAGAGCGACGGGAGAAGAAGAAGUGGAGCUGGGCUCCUGCAGCUUCUCACCUCUCCUCUGCUGCAGCAGCAACUUUCGCAUGCAAGCAGCGUCAUUGUGGGGGAGUACGCAAACAGCACGGCUGAAGGCGACGAGGAGAGACGGGGAGACAGCGAAGGAGAUCCAGACGAUGCAAAGAGAUCCGAGAACGAAAAGGAAACAGAAGAAGCGAAAUAACGAGUCAACGGAGAGGAAGAAGGCAGGAGGGCAGUGGAAGCAGGAAACGGAGAAGAAAGAGUAGAGGAGGGAGAGAAGACGUGUAGGACAGGGGUGGAAUCCUGCGACAGACGACGCAGACAUCCCAGCAAUCCAGAGAAAAAAGAGACAAGGCACAAGAGACAGGGAGCAGCCGCCUCAUCCAGACGAGGAGAAGACAGAGGGCAAAUCGAAGGAGGAGAAGAUGGAAGAACUGCAAAUUCCCUGCCUGGAAGACCAGAACGACAGCACUUGAACAGCAGGUGGAGAAUGCAGUGAGGCCCCUGCUCUGCUGUCCCAUCAGUGCGUCUGUACCGUAUCUCUUGGUGAUCAAUAAGCAGGUGGCGACUUCAGAGGGACAACGGACGUCGUGGAAAACGCUCUUCCUUUCUCCUCUACCUUUGCGCCGUUCGCGGCGGUUCGGAUCUGCUCGCUUGUAUUCGUUUCAUGCUUGCAUUGCUGCUCGUCGAUGCCCUGCGGGAAUCGCGUCUGCGACAGGGAUCGAAGGACAAGCCGAAACGGUUUUAUUACGUGACAUAUAAAUAUGUAUAUAUAUAUAUAUAUAUAUAAAUAUAUAAUUAUAUAUAUAAUAAUAUAUAUAUAUAUAUAAAUAAUCAUAUAUAUAAUAUUAUAUAUAUAAAUAUAUAUAAUUAUAUAUAUAAUAUUAUGUAUAUAUGUAUAUUAUUUGUGCAUAUAAAAUUUUUUGACUGCAUUCUUGUGCACAGGCGUUUCAUGUCUGCGUGUGUGUGGCCACAAGACUUCGCCUGCGCGGUAACCAGAUUGUUUUGCAUGUCUGCAGUGUGAAGAGGCCGAGGUGGGCCAAAGACCUUGAUGCUGGGACAAACGAGAAGGUUGCCUUUCUCCUUUCCAGCAGCUGCAUGCAUGCGGAGCUGCAUGCGUGUCUGUGUCAGGGGACGUCUGUGGGUGUCUCCAUAUCUACGCAUAUUCAGGUGCGGCUCCAGCGCCCAGUCGAAUUGUGUUAGACAGAUGACUCGAGGCAACGAGGAGGUUUGCGUCUCGUUCCCGAUUUUGACUUCUGCUCAACUGUGAUCUGUGUACGUGUGUAAUGCCGUCUGUCUGCGGAGGCUGGGGGGAGUCUUUUGGACAAAUCGGUGUUCGAUUCGGAGUCGUGACCACAAGAAUCCACGCGUUCUACGAUUCCCUACAAUCCAAGGGUGUGCGGGUGUCUCCAAGUUCAAUGUUUGCAUGCAACGCGGCGAGAACGCGUUGUCUUCUCUCACCGGAGACAGGUGCAAACCGCGCUGCUUGUGUCGAGUUCUCUCUAUCAAUGUCGCCCACCUGUGACUACUGUCAUCUGCCUGUUGCUGAUUCGCUUUGCCUGUCGAGGCAGCCCGGUAGCGGAGAGAGCGGUUUGCUUUAUCUUCAGGUUCAAUUUGCAUGCAUCUACAUUUUACUGUAUGCGCUUGCAAGUGUAGAGGCACAAGCUUAUUUUCAGCGGCAUGAAUGCACAGAGAGGCUUGUGUCGUCUGUCGACGUACGCUGUCGCCUGUUGCAAUGGGAUGGGAGUGCGUCGGCCAAUCCGCAGUGAUGUAAGAGGCUUGAGUCCCUCAAAAAAUGCUCGUGGUUUUGUCAUUGGUGCUCGUGGAUCCAUGUCUCCAGUCGGAUGUCCGUAGCGUUUCGCAUUCCAGUCCUACGAUACUUUUCGAGUCUGUUGUGCAUGCCAGGAAAUGUUUCCGCCCUCGCGGCAGACACGCUCGUUGGGGGAUCGCGAAGACCCACAGGUUGUUCCAGAACGUCUGACCUAACACUGAUUCGCUGACCGGUCCAAUACAGAACUCAAACCAUCUGAUGUUCUAGCAUCGUCACUUUCCGCAGAUCCCACAAAUCAUGCUUCGUAGGCCUUCGCAAAGC